AUGAAACUUAGAUAUGGAGAAAAAGUAUGCAAAAUCUCAGAUCUCAGUACCGGAAGAUGCAAUCAAGUGCAUGAAAUCAUGUGCGCUGUUUAUGAUUCAUCGUGUAGGCAAAAAGCAUUUUUUGUCGAUUGUUUUCAAGCAUUUAACUUGUUGUUGGCUGUUUGCAUAACUUCCAUUCGCCAUCGUCAAGAUAAGUCGCUGCUGCUAAGCUUAUAUUUAGUUUUAUGCGGGCAACAUGGAAAGAAAUCGUAA